AUGAUGCACGGUCAAGACGAGUGGUUGGACAAGGACAAAACUUUGGUAGAUGAAGAGGAAAUCGCCAGUCAUAACCUUUCUCACACGAAAAAAAUAGAUUCAAAUAACAAUCGGGUUGGUAAAAAGAGUGCUAAUGAGAUGACGAAACAAAGUAAUCAGAAAAAAAUUUCCAUACUGAAUAGGGAGUUGACGAAACAACUUACUAUUCUGAGACAAGAAAAUAAUCAUCUACAGCAGGCUUGUAAAAUUCUGAGUGAAAACAAGAUCAAGGAAAACAGAAAAUCGAUAGAAAAAUGGAGAACCAUUUGCAAGAUGGAACUUUCGUUCAUUCUAAACUCAACUCUGAUCAAAAUUAACAGAAUGGGCGGUUAUAAAGAUUUUCUAGAAAAGGAAAUGGAGGCCAAAAGGAGAAGACUAGAAUACCAGAUUGACAGUGGUAUGGAAGACCAAAUCUAUGAAAUUAAGGAAAGUGAAGACUUUAAGCAACUUUCAGAAAUUGAGCAACAGGAGUGGGAAAGUCAAAUGAACGAACAACUGAAAGAAUUGGAGAAAAAUAAAGUAGUAGAGCUAGAGAAACUAAAUAAGGUUCUGCUUGAUAGCGAGGGGAAAGAAUUUGGCAUGUUUGAGCUAUGUACUAGGUUAAAGCUUGAUUAUAACUUAAUGUUUCCUCAAUGA